CAGAAUGCACCUUGUAUCAACACGGCGGCUGUGGCGGCUUCCAGGAGGGUCCGCGGCGCCUAGCGGACUGGCACGGAGCCCGAGGGCCAUCAGGCGGGGCCCGGGUGUAAAGGGGCGGCUGCAGCCAUGGCGGAGUCGGCGCCUGCUCGGCACAGGAGAAAACGGCGCCCCACAUCUUUAACUUCUUCUGCACUUCCUUCACAAGCCACAGAGAAAAGCUCAUAUUUUCAGACCACUGAGAUCUCACUCUGGACGGUGGUGGCUGCCAUUCAGGCUGUGGAGAAGAAGAUGGAGUCUCAGGCUGCCCGACUCCAGAGUCUGGAGGGGCGCACGGGGACAGCUGAGAAGAAGCUGGCCGACUGCGAGAAGACGGCCGUGGAGUUUGGGAACCAGCUGGAGGGCAAGUGGGCUGUGCUGGGGACCCUGCUGCAGGAGUACGGGCUGCUGCAGAGGCGGCUGGAGAAUGUGGAGAACCUGCUGCGCAACAGGAACUUCUGGGUCCUGCGGCUGCCCCCGGGCAGCAAGGGGGAGGCCCCCAAGGUGUCCAGGUCACUGGAGAAUGAUGGCGUCUGUUUCUCUGAGCAGGAGUGGGAGAAUCUGGAGGACUGGCAGAAGGAGCUCUAUAGAAACGUGAUGGAGAGCAACUAUGAGACGCUAGUCUCUCUGAAGGUCCUUGGCCAGCCAGAGGGAGAAGCAGAGUUGGGUACAGAGAUGCUGGGCGACCUAGAGGAGGAAGGCCCUGUUGGUGCCCACCCAGCAGAUGGGGUCAUGAUCAAACAGGAGCUACAGUACAAGCCAGAAGGCUCUUCACAUCUUCCUGGAGAGUUCUCAGUCAUGACUGAAGAGCAGGCUUUCCUGACGCCGGAGCACACUGAACUCUGGGAUGGUCAGGGCAGUUCUGUCCUCUUGGAAACAGGUCCUGGGGGCUCUAAUCUAGAGGAGCCCGUAGAGGGCAGUAGAGACGUUAGCAGUGGCAGAAUUCUGGGCUGCCCAAAGCAGAAAUCUCAUAGGCAGAUACAGCUGAGUCAGGAACAUGGGCAGGGCCUGAAGCUGAAAACGGACACUUCUGGCCCCUAUGAAUGUUCUGAAUGUGAGAUCAACUUCCGCUAUAAGCAACAGCUGGCCACACAUCUGCGGAGCCACUCAGGGUGGGAGGCUUUUACACCCGAAGAGCCAGAGGAGAGCCUUAGGCCCAGGCCACAGCUUAAGCCCCAGGCCAAGAGGGCCAAGCUGCAUCAGUGUGACGUGUGCCUGAGGAGCUUCAGCUGCAAGGUGAGCCUGGUGACCCACCAGCGCUGCCACCUGCAGGAGGGGCCCAGUGCUGGCCAACGCAUCCAGGAGAGAUUCUCGCCCAACAGUCUGGUUGCUUUGCCGGGCCACAUCCCUUGGCGGAAGAGCCGGAGUUCCCUCAUCUGUGGUUACUGUGGCAAGAGCUUCAGCCACCCGUCUGACCUGGUGCGGCACCAGCGCAUCCACACGGGUGAGCGGCCCUACAGCUGCACUGAGUGUGAGAAGAGCUUUGUCCAGAAGCAGCACCUCCUGCAGCACCAGAAGAUCCACCAGCGGGAGCGGGGUGGGCUGGCCUUGGAGCCUGGAAGGCCCAAUGGCCUGCUUUAAGAGUGCCAGCCCCUCGCCCGUCUGGGGGGCGGAGGGGGGGUGGCAUUGGUCCCCCCCUAGAGACACUGUGCAGAGUCAGGGACUGACUUCUUCCUGAGGGAAGUUGCUUCUCAUUCGCCUUCACUUGACCAGGUACCUAGCCAAGCCCAAAGGCUGUCCUGAAAAUCACGUGGAAGAGGACGAGUCUGGGACCAGGUCUUUACCCUGCUGCUGAGUUUUGUCUCUUGGCACCUUCAGGUCUCUAAUUUUCCCAUCCGUGCUGAUACUGUUGGGCUGGGGUCGGAGAUCUAACCCCGCAGGGUCUGGUGGCUGGUUCUAGGACUCGCCAGCAUUGCACGGCUUCCUGAAGGGUUGAGUGAGGCCACAGUGGGUAAGCAGGUGUGUGGAAGAGUUCUGGGAAGCAUAACCUUCUAUUUCUUCUUCUUUUGUAGUCUCUGUUAAUAGCAAGUAGAAGAAAUAAUUUAAACAAACUGCUUAUCCUGCUCUGAUGAACCUUUUUUUAGAAUUAGAUUUUAGUUGAUUUUUAAAGAAUACAUCCCAACACUUGUUUUUUAAAUUUCAAGAGUUGUAGAAGUUGUUCCUAACAUGGGGACUGGGCCUACCCUCUAGGAGGGAAUAGUAUAUGGGGCUCUUUUAGCCCACCCACACUUAGGCCAGAGAGCAAGGGACUACAGGGCUCCCUCUUGUGGGAGUGCUUGGUGCUCUUAAAUGGGCUAAUGGUGUCAAAAGGACCAAGAGGAAGAGCGUGGUAGGGUAGACUGCAUCCCUGCCCGCAUCCCUGCUGAGAAUAAAGAUUCUGGUAAAGGAGCCGAGUCCAGCUUUGGGAGCUUAGCUGUCACCAUACCCCUCUCUUCCUCUUCCCACCCCCUACUUGCUGCAGUGCUGCAGCCUCCUAGAGUAGAGAUAACUACAGGGUGUCCCCAAAGUCUCCAUACAUAGGGAAAAUGGGAAAUUGUAGCCAAAUGUACCUUUAUUUACAAAAUAUUCAUGACAGAAUUUUUCCUUUGUGUGGAGACUUUUGGGACACCCUGUACUUUGUUACUUAAGGUCGUUCAGCUUGUACCAGUGGUUAUUGGAGUUUGUUCCUGUUACACCAGUCCUUACUUGAGUUUGUUCAGAUUACACUUUCCAAAUUCAUUCUGGGAUUGUCUAUUCCAGGGAUGGCAGAGAAAAAGCAUACAGAUGCUUGUCUCCCAGUGGUGGUGAAUACCUGCCCCACUGUUGUCUGGGGAGAUGGGAGCGGGCUCCUGGGUCAUAUGUGAGUGUCCCCUUGGAUGAUUUGCAGUUGCCUAGAAUAAAACUUGCUACUAGCAAAAAAGGCUCACA